AUGAAGUUUGUGUCCACUUUAGAGACCAAAUUCCAGCAGACGGACGCAGCUCUUAGAAAUCAACAGGCCUCCAUUCAUAACUUGGAGAAUCAGAUAUGCCAGAUUUCUAAGAUGAUGGCUGAGACGCAGCUAGGGACUUUGCCCAAUAAUACGGAGUCCAAGCCGAGAGAGCACGUGAAGGCUAUCACUUUGCGAUCAGGUAAGCAACUAUCUAGUUCUAUUCCUAUUCUUGAUGAUGAUGAUGUUGUGCAGGUAGAUUCAAAUAGGAAAAAUGGAGAUAGCAAGGUGAUGGAGCUAGAGAAGGUAGAGGGCAAGGAGAAGAGUCCUUUGAGGGAAUACCAGCCCCUGAUCCCAUAUCCUGCCAGGUUAAAGCAGGAAAAAAUGCCUAGAUAUGCGAAGUUCUUAAAGGAGAUCCUUAGCAAUAAGAGGAAGUCAGAGGACUUGGCGAUUGUGACCCUAAAUGAGGAGUGUUUGACUAUACUUCAGAACAAAUUGCUAGAUAAAAAGCGUGAUCUAGGGAGUUUUACUGUUCCUUGUAUGAUUGGUGAUUUGACAAUUAGCAAUACUUUAGCUGCCUGA